UUUUUUCUUCUUCUUCUUUUUACUUCUCUUUUUUCUUUUUUAUAUAUAUCAAUAUACAAUGCCUCAAUAUCCACCACGAUCAACAAAAGAAUUGGGUAGAUUAGCUUCUAUUCAAGUAGAUUCAAAUACUUUUAUUCGUUUAUAUUUUCGUUCUGCUGAUCUACUUAUUAAACAAGCAAGAGUUUACAAGAUGGAAAAAGAUUAUCAACACGCCUAUGUCCUUUAUAUGAAAUAUACAAAUUUGGGUUUAAAAGAAUUACCAAAACAUCCUCAAUAUAAAGCACCUGAAAAUAAGAAAGCUAGAAAUAUCAUUACCAAGAACUGUUUAGAAGCUUUGGAUGCUUUGGAGACCAUGAAACCAAUUUUAACGAAAGAAUAUCAACAAUAUGUGGACCAACAAAAAGAACAAGAAAGAAAACAACAACAGGAAAUGGAAGCAAGACAUGCUGAACAAUUGAAAGGAGUAACCACCACUCAAUACGAAUCUGACAUGGACGAUAUACAACAAAAAGAGAACGAACAAUGGUCUUUACAGAAUGUAUUAAAGGAUGUAGCUGGUGUUGGAUAUAAUGACAGAUCAUCCGAAUUUACUAGUAAAGUAUCAACAUAUCCUAUCACUCAAUAUCCAAGUACAACUUUUGAAAACAAAAGCGAUGGGUUUUCCUAUCAACCUUCUCAUUAUGACAAUCAACUCAAAUUAUCUACUGAUGUACAACCACCACUUCCACCAAAACCUAUACAAAAGGAUACUUGGAAUAAUAUAUCAGCCCCAGCUAUUCCACCAAAAGUUGCCCUGGAACCAUCAUCAGUAUCUUCUUUUGCUCCUGAUUUACCGCCAAAAGUCACUUUGGAUAUUGAACCUUUGAAACAACCAUUAUCUGAAAUGAAUGUGUCUAGUGGAGUGACGACGGAAAGAGGAGAACCACUACGAGAAUUAAUAGUACCAGCUGUACUACAGAAUAAAUUCCUUAACAUUGCCAAACCCAAUACUGGCAAGAACAUUGAAACUUGUGGCAUAUUGGCUGGAACUCUGAAAAACAACGUGUUACAGGUGACAACUUUGAUUAUACCAAAACAAACUGGUACAUCCGAUACAUGCACUACCGAAAAUGAAGAAGAAUUAUUUGAAUACCAAGAUGCUCAUGACCUAUUGACGUUUGGUUGGAUCCAUACUCAUCCUUCCCAGUCCUGCUUUUUAAGCUCUGUUGAUCUUCAUACACAUUGCUCCUAUCAAUUGAUGCUACCUGAAGCUAUUGCUAUUGUCUGUGCCCCCAAACACAAACCAAGUUACGGUGUGUUUCGAUUAACGGAUCCUCCUGGACUUGAUGUCAUUAGCAGUUGUAAAAUUGAGCGAGCAUUCCAUCCACAUCCUGACCUUCCUAUCUAUACGGAUACACACAAUACAUCGCAUGUUACCACUCAAGUAUACGAUCUCAAAGUUAUAGAUUUACGAUAGUGAUUUUCCCCCCUUUUAAAUUGAUACUAGUUAUUAUCCCCCCUUUUUUUUUCUUUUGUUAUCAUAUCAUUUUUAUACCUUACUUUCCAAUGUAUCUAUAUUGUAUUUUAUCCUCAUUUUAGUAUGAUUAGUUACCUCUUCUUUCUUUUGACUUUUUGGAUCAUCAUGUAUCAUCGAUAAUAAACACAUCUUCACUUUAGAAAUCUA